CGCCCCUUCCCGCGGCCGCGAUGUCGCUGCUCCGCGGGCCGCGGCCCCGCACCGCCGGCAGGAAGGGCCCCAGAAAGGCGGCAGCAGCCCGGCGGGACUGGGAUAGUACCGUCCAUGAUUUGACAGUGCACCGUGCAACUCCUGAGGAUAUUCUCCGUCGCCGUGAAAUACACAAAUCAAAAAACAAAGCAUUGGCACAUCUGGAACUCCAAGAGAAAGCACUGAACAGAAAAUGGAAGAAGCAAAGGCAACUGGAUGUGGAUUCCUUUGAGAGAAGGAAAUUGGCUCUGAUGCGUGAGAUCCUGUCUGAUCAGUACCAUUUGCAAGAUGUAUUGGAGCGAUCUGGUCAGGCUGUGGCUGUGGCAAAAGACUUGCUUGAGGAUGCUCCUCGCACACGAACAGGUUUUCCUAAUGUAACAAUGGCUCCUAACUGUGACCUAGAAUCAUCUCAAGGACCCAUUGUACAAAAAAGUCGUCCUCCCAGUCAGCUUUCCAUCCUUAAUGAGUCUGUCAUGGAUUCCCAGCCUCUUGAUGAAGAUGAGGAGGAAGCAUUAUCAGAAGAUGGACACCAUGAUGUGUUUGGUUUCAAAUCCAGGAUCAGUUCUGACAGGCUGCUUCGGUUGUUGAGAAAAGAAAAUUCCUUGGUGAAUUCUCCGUUGUGGGCUGAAAAGGGUGUGAGAAAAACCACCUUAUCACAGGAAUCAAAUGUGCCUCGGACUCCAACAACUGUUUCCCCUUCAUUGGACCAGUCAGCCCUCAAUGCUACCAGUGUAAUCAAGAGAACCCAUUCAAGACUUCGGAAUGAAGAUGAAGAAGAGUCUGUAGACUCCAUUGACACUGUGAGACAAGUGCUGAACCCUAACUCAAGGAAACAAAAGCAAAUUGCAGCAAAGAUGAAAAGAAAGCAAGCUGAACAGAACUCUGCAAGACAAAAGAGAGGUGAUUCUCCAGCUAAUUUAAUCCAGACUGACCUUCAGAGGGACAGCAAAUCCAGCCUAGAUGUUCUCAGCCACAUGAUCCAGGAAGUAGAGCAUGAACUGGAGGAAUAUGAGCGAUGUACAGGUCGUGAGGUCCCAAAGAAAGAGAGGAGUGAGGGCCUGUCUGGGUUCACUCUGUCCCUGGUGAACGCUCUCUGUCGCUUGAUGCGCUACCUCAAGGAGGCUGAAAUGCAGCUGCAUGAGAAAGAGAUGAUUAGGCAGCAGCAGAAGGAGAUGUUGGAUGAACACAGAGAACUGAUUGAUGCUCUGACUGCUGAGGUUCUUCAAGUAAGGGAAGAAAACAUGACUAUGCAGAAGAAGCUUCAGCAAUACAUGACAGUAACAGAUGAAAAGCUGAUGUGUCUCACACAAGCAUUUAAAGGCCUCCCUUUGGUAGAACCUGAAAGAGAACAAAGUUCAAAACAUUUGGGAAUUGCAAGCAGAGGCCCAGCAAACAGCCAGGAAAAACCUGAUAUGACCUACCCUGAGCCCAGGACUGAAGUAGGCAAUAGGGAAAAUAUGCUGAAAUUUCCACAGGAAGAACUUCCUUUCACAUUUCACCCAGGGCCAGAUGCCUUAAGUGAUAUGAGACCUGGUAGAAGCUUCCCAGCUCGCAUCUUCCAGCCAGCUGUGCUGUUGUCCCCACCACAGCAGAAAAGCAGUGAGGAAUUGUUUCAUUUCCAGAAUGUGUUGGCAGCCCUUUCCCAGUCUACUGAAAGAGAGCCAUGCAAGGAAAGGAGCUUGCCUUCCUCCCUGAGGACACAGAGCACAGCUGAGGAGAACUGCCCCAUCUCUCAAAGGCAACCAGUUCCUCCUGCAGACAAAAACUUGGAGAGUUCCCAUGAGAAAACCAAUCUGUCCUGCCCAGGUGACACUGGAAAAAACAGCACAGCUGAAGAGUUCCUUCGAAAUGGUGAUCUGCUGGGACAGAUAGCUGAGCUCUCACGGCAGAAUGCUCUAAUUAAAGCUCAACUGAGCAAAUUCAGAGGUGUCCCUGGAGACAAAAGUGAUUGUCUGCAUCAGCAAGGCCUGACACAAAAUGCAGAUCCUAGCCCAGGCUCUUCACAAGGACAGAGUCAUCUCAUGGUAUCAAGGAGCUUGGAGGAAAGGAUAGCGGAGCUGAAUCGCCAGAGUACAGAAGCACGGGAUAAGCUGUUGCAGUUGAUAGACCAGCAGAAAUCAGCUGCUGCUGACAUGGUCCCUCCAAUGCUGUCUCCUGUUCCACCCCCGUCCCUGAAUUACACUGAAAAUGCAGGGAGGACAGUUGAAGCCUCUGUUCCCAUGACAGUGGCUAUGGACAGCUCCAAGGAUGACAGUGUUCCCCGUGCCAGUAUGACCAGUAUAAGAAGGACUGUAGGAGACUCCAGCAAACCUUUAAGUGCAACAUCAGAAAGUGCCAAAUUAACUUCUGUCAGCCAAAGACCAAAGGUAGAAAAGCAAAAAGAAGAAGGAUGGUUUGCAUUGUCAAUGCACGUUAUGUAAAGGAAGCUGAGCUCAAGUCCUGUAUUUUUUAAAUAUUUUUUAUUAACUACAAAUAAAUCACAAUCUCUCUACA